AAAGACUCUCUAGCGUUGACUAUUGACCAGUAGGUAACCGUUACUCUCCUCCCUCCAAAAAUCACCAACUCUGACCGUUGACCAUCAUCGUCUACAUUUCUCAGUCCUCCUCCUCCUCUUUCCUUCCUCCAGAAAUCCCCAUUUUCUCUCUCCAAAAACCCUCGAAAUUUCAAAAUUGAUUCUCAGAAAUGGAGAAUUCAAUCGAAGAAUCUCAUCAAUUCUCAAACAACAACAACAACAAUCUCGUAACCUACGAUUCACCAUACCCUCUCUACGCCAUGUCAUUUUCUCUCUCAUCCGCCGGAAUUUGUCGCCGGAGCUCCGAUCAAAUCAUCGCCGUCGGAAGUUUCAUUGAAGAGUAUAACAAUCGCGUCGAUUUAUUAACCUUCGAUAAAGAAACCCUAACCCUAAAUUUAACCCCAAAUCUCUCCUUCUCACAUCCUUAUCCUUCGACAAAACUCAUGUUUCAACCUUCUUCUUCAUCAUCAUCAUCAUCAUCUCCGCCACUUUUAGCUUCUUCCGCGGAUUAUCUCCGACUGUAUUCUGUUAAGAAUGAUUCAAUUGAGCUUGUUUCUCUUCUCAACAACUCGAAAUCGAGCGAUUUCUGCGCGCCGUUGACUUCUUUUGACUGGAAUGACGUCGUUCCACAACGAAUUGGGACUUCGAGCAUUGAUACAACAUGUACAAUUUGGGAUGUUGAGAAAUGUGUGGUGGAAACUCAGUUGAUUGCUCAUGAUAAGGAGGUUUACGACAUUGCUUGGGGUGAAGCGGGGGUUUUUGCUUCGGUUUCUGCUGAUGGAAGUGUUAGGAUAUUUGAUUUGAGAGAUAAGGAGCAUUCGACAAUUGUAUAUGAGUCGCCGGAGCCUGAUACGUCGCUGCUUAGGUUAGCUUGGAAUAAGCAGGAUUUGAGGUAUAUGGCAACGACUUUGAUGGAUAGUAAUAAGGUUGUGAUAUUAGAUAUUCGGUCCCCGACAAUGCCGGUGGCUGAGUUUGAGAGGCACCAGGCGUGUGUUAACGCUGUGGCAUGGGCUCCUCAGAGUGGACGCCAUAUUUGCUCUGCUGGAGAUGAUGCUCAGGCGCUUAUUUGGGAGCUUCCCUCAAUGCCAGCUCCCAGUGGGAUUGAUCCUUUGUCUGUGUACAAUGCCACAUCAGAGAUUAACCAGUUGCAGUGGUCUGCUGCUCAGCCCGACUGGAUUGGUAUCGCCUUCUCCAAUAAGUUGCAGCUGCUGAGAGUUUAAGAUUUCUUGCUGGCCAUAAACCUACAACUUUGUAUAGCUGAAACUUGCUUUUUCUAGCUGCUCACUAUCUUCCUUCUGCUUCGCGGAGUGCUGGAGCUCUCUUUAGCUGGGUUAGUUUGUCUCUGACUUCACAUAUAUAUCUUGGAAGCAAUUGCUAUGUUAAGAUACUUGUGGAUAACCUGAAGUCUCUUUCUCAAACUGUGGCUGCUGUGUGAUUAUAUUAGGAUAUAGGACUUCAUAACUCUAAGAAGCUUUAGCUUAAAAGAAAGGCUAAAGUUAAACUAUGUUGUUGUUUUUCCCUUUUCUUCAUUUCCCCUGGGGGGUGGUGGCAACCUUGGUUGCCAGUAUUGUAUUAUUAUUAGAACUUCAAGCUUGUGUAUUUCUUGUUAAUAAGGAAAUGAAAACUGAACUUUUAGGUAACAAAAAUUAGCAUUUUGGAAGCAUGUUUACUUCCAAGUUUUUGUGGAUAACCAGCAGGCUGUUUCUCAAACUCUGGCUACUAUGUGUUGAAUUAGGAUAUACACGGACAUCAGGCUAGUCUAUUUAAUGUUUAGAUAAGCUAUAGUUGUGUGAAACAAUUUAUAUUUUCUAAUUUGAUCGCCCAGUGGGAUCAGAAACUUCAGCUGCUACAAUUGUCCUAGUACUGAAAAUUAGAGAGCUUGUGUAUCUCCAUGUUAUGGAGGAGAUCAAGAACCACUUUACUUCGAGAAGCAAAUUUCGACAGCGCUAAAAUCUGUAUACUGGAGCUUCGCCCGUUGUCGAAGAUCUUCACCCAGUCUCUGGCAUAUGCUUGGAGCCUAAAGGUAAUAACAAACAUACCUGACUUAACUGUUCUAGGCCGACUCAAGAUUAUAAUAAGCUAAGCCAAGCGGAGCUAAGCUCGACUGGAUAGGCUUAAAUUAUAUUCAUUACUUGUAUGUACGGAUUAUUAGUUUUCUAUGUAGUUACUAGUUUGCACUAUACCCUAUGAAAGAUCUCUACAUAUCAACAAAAAGUUCUAAUAUGAAUGUUAUAACCUAAAAGAAUCUCUAAAUAUUAACAAAUGUUUUAUGGACUGAAAAUUUCAAGAUCUGGCCUGAGCCUGGAUCCUUUGCCUUGGCUUAGGGUUGAGGAUGAGAGAUAGAUGCACAUUUGCUUUCUAUCUUUUAGAGGGUAAGAAUUUUGGGUAGUGUUUUGCUUAAGGUGCCUUCUGUGCACUAUUUUAGGAACAGUAAUAUGUCUCUUUCAGCUUCAAGAGGCUCAUGUAUAUCUGUGAGAAGCCAACAAACGUAUCUUUCUAGCUAUUGUUUCCAGAACAGGAAGCUGGGGAUUAGCUUCUAUGACUAUCUCCUUAGGUUAGGUAUCCUUUUGAACAGUAUGAAAAUCAAAAAGAUAAAUCAAAUCAUAUGGUUUGGAGUUUCUGAAUAUUGACUUCUCCUAUGCAUAAAUAUUCCAUUUGAAGAAUUUAUAGCUUCUUUUUAGUGGCAUGAUUGCAUACAUAGGCCUUAGAGCAUCUGCAAUCAUGAUAUUUUUGAUCACAAGAAUAUGUAAUGAACCUUAACUUUAAAAAAUUACCCACUCAUGAUCCUUUUAGUCAUUAGAAUAACUAAUGGUAUGACCAAUGGGAAAAAAAUUCAUUCCCAUACAAAAAGAUCUUGGUGAUCAUGAAAAUAUGUAAUGUACAAUGACUUUAAAAAACUCAACCACUCUGUGAUGAACUGACAUCUUUAGGCAAAUUAAAGAAGAAGUUUAUGGACUUAAAGGGAACUUGAUUGAUAGUUUUCUGAAAAACAGUAAAACAAAGAUAGUGAUUACAAGCUUUUGAGUGUCUGUUCUCGCUCAUUGAACUCUUAAAAGUUCAUCCAAAAUACUACUCAAUAUUCAACAUAAUUUCUCUCCCUAUUUCAUUUUAUUUAUAGAGAUAUAUCCUCCCAAACUCCCUAACUUAUUCUUCUAGCUACUACUAAAAACUAACUAAUUAUAGUAAUACCAAAAGUACCCCUCUCCCUAGGUUGAUUCAUUGCAUUACCGGCCACCCAAACAUUCACCAUGUCCUCAAGGUGGAUAGUAAUUUGCACUUAAUAGUAAGCAUUCUAGAGCCCAUUUCUUUUUUGACUCAUUCUUUUUCCAACCAAAAUAUUAUUCUGUCGACUCAGUUUUCUAAACCCAAACCAUUGAACACUUUUAUUUUUAAUGUCCUCUUCCCACAACUUACCAUCUUACAUCAGAAAGUCCAACUCCAACCCACAAAUUUUUAAAACCCCAAAUUUCCUAUCAUGAUCCUGCCCAACACCCCUCAACUCACAACACGACACACCAAAUGUCACCCAAGCUAGCAAGAGGUCUAUCUCACAAGGAGUUGCAACUGGCUCUUUGAUCUGUGCAUGAAGAACUGAACAGAGGCCAAUAAUCCAGGUGCUAAUUAUGAUCCACCUUGAGACAAGGUAGAAGUUUGGCGGUCCGGUAUUAUAAUAGACUAGCCUAGCAGGGCAUAGGUAUUUUAGUAAUAUACAUUAGUUAAUAUAUCAGCUUGGGGAGUAAGACAAAUACACUAUGAAUAGAGGAGAGGAUAUGAAGAAUAUAUUUGAGAGUUCAUUUUAGUGAUUAGCUUUGCGAGUGUGUCAAGACACUCGAACACUUGAUAAUUAUUCUUUUAUUUUCUAUAAUUCGCAUUUCAAUCAAUCAAAUAUCAUCAUCUUCUUCCUUUAUGUCUCUCCCAACAAACUCGGUUCAUUACACACUCGUGAUUUUUUUGUCAAUAGUAUAACUAAUGGCGUGAUAAAUAGGAAAAAAAAUUCAUCUCGUGAUCUUUUUUCAUGGUUAGUCAUGUGGUGUUUUGUUAUUUUGUAAUCAAUUUAUCCGAUUAAUUACAAAGUAAAAAAAAUAUAAAAAAAUACCAAUAAUCAUAACCUUUUGAGGUCUAUCGAUAGACCCCCAAUUUGCUAUAUUUUGAAACCAUUCUAAGAAUCAUUAAUUUCUCUCUAGAUAUAGUGAAGAAGUAGGAGAAAGAUGGAUGUUAAUUUUUUUUUCUUAUGAGUCAUCAAUGGGAUGCUUUUGGCAAAGCCAUGACAAAUUCCGUGAGUAUGAGAGAGGAAGUGGUAGAGAGAGAAGGGGAUGAAUAAUUAUUUUAGUCACAUGGGUGAGACCGUGAGAGUGCUCUCACAACUUUACCCAUGACAAGAUCCAUAUAAUAUUGGGUGGUAUUCUUGUAGUGUGAAUCCUAGAAAUCCGAAACUCAAAUUUACCGUUUAGGCCAGGGAUCAAAAACUCGUCCGUUUCGUUACGGAAUGGUUGUUCAGUAACGGAUUUAAGACCCAUCGUUCCGAGAAACGCCAUUAUAAUGCCGGGAGUUGGAAUUCACACCAAACUCCCCGCGACGUCGUUCCGUAAUGGUGGAACGCCGUUGUGUAACGGUUUUUUAUAUAAGAAAGUCCGUUAUUUCUGAAAAAAGAUAAAGGAAGAAGAAGCGAAAGAAAUAAGAGGCUCAUGAUCAUUUGAUAACUUAAACUGAAAAUUUAAAUCUUACAUGAUUAUUAAAUCUUAAUUUUGAUCAAAACCCCUUUAUUAAUUUCUUUGAAAUACUUCUUAUAAACCCUAAAUUAGAUCCCACUUUCAUAAAAACCCUAAUAUAUGUGUGACAUUGAGGGAUGCAAUUGACGGCCACUAUGUCGUCGGUGAAGGGAGAAUAUGCCAGCAAGAGAUGUGUGGUCGGUUCUGGCACCAUCUCUGCCGGUGAGAGUUUUUUCAGGUAAGUUUGCUUCUCCCACUCAUAUAUCGAUCUUUUCUCCUUCUCUCUCUUCUUUUUUUCCUUUUUUGUUUUAUUACUCCAUAGUCCGUAACUUGAUAAUUAUUACUCAGGUAAUAUGAUAAUUAGAUAUAAUUAUCACUCCACAGUAUCCACUAUCAUAAUCAUAGAGUUCUAUCACUCCAUAGUAUCCGCUAUCAUAAUAAUUAGAUAUAAUUAUCACUUCAUAGUAUCCGCUAAAGGGACUAUGAUAUACUCAGGUAUAUGAUAUUAUUAUCACUCCCCUUGAUAAAGCAUAAUUAUUACUCCAUAGUCCAUAGCAUGAAGUAUCUGCUAUCAUAAUCAAAUAUUAGAGCAUAAUUAUGCUGUGAGUAUUGAAUGAUAUACAAUUAAAUAGGAAUAUUGGAUAGUCCAGAUGAGGGUGCUCGGCUUGAGCUCAAUCUCGAGUCCGAGUGCGAUUUUGGGCUCGAGUUCGAUUUUGGAGUAAACUUGCUUCCAAUAUUACCCAAAUCAUAUAAACCACAUUCAUCCAUGGUAUCUUUAUACUUAUGCAUCUUGUAUUCUUUAGGAGCGUUGCCAAUAAUUUUUUUAUGAGAGUAUGUUACUUCAUCGAAGUCACCAAGAACCAAGGGAGAUGAAUAUUAUGGCUCAUGUUAACCAGAUUAUUCCACAUUUCCAAACUACCAUGAUACUAAGUAUUAUCAUACAAUGCAGAAAUAGAAGGGGGGGGGAUUUUGAACCUCUAUUACUCCAUGGAUGGCUCUAGGCUCUUUAGUUAUGGAGGUGAAAGAGUUGAGUCCUUCAUUCCAUAACAUAAGAAUGCCACCAGAAUAUCCUUGCGGCUCCACGGUCUAAAAGGAAUUGAAUGGCACGCUACUCACUAUUUCCUAGAUGCUUUCCCGGGCCACCUUCGUUUCAUUGAUGAUAAUGAUCAUUGGGUCAUGGGAUGAGUUGACGAAUGUUUUGCCGGAACCCUGCCUAGCAAACCCCUUGUAUUCCAUAAGAGUAUCGACAUUCCCGGGUUGAGGGGGAAAGGCUCGUGAGUUCCUCUAGCACUUCCGGGUGAGUGUUUUGGUCCGAGGUCACCGUUCUUUGUGCUUUCAAACCGAAGAGGAUAUCGCUGUUUACUUUCGUUUUGACCCCCGAUAUCGUUCCCCCGUCCUUUUUCGAGGUUCCCCACGCUAGCUUGAAGGUGAUUUGGGUGCAAACCUUUAUAAGACAAAGCCAUUUGACUUUGUUGGUUUCGCUUCCCACUUGCACCAUUAGCCAAUUCUUGGUAAUUGAUGGGGCUUUUCGCUCUCGCGGAAGCAGGGGUACGGGGUCAGAGAGGAACUGAAGCUCCCAUGAUAGUGCCUCGUCCGAGAACUCGUCGAUCGUUUUCUUCAUCCACAUCUUUUCACAUGGGAAGAGGAGAGAUAGAGUUAAAUAAAAAGUAAGACCCAUGUAAUAGGAGAGAGAUAGAGAGAAGAUAUUACCAAAUAAAGAAAUUUUACAAUCAAUAUGAAAUUCGCAAAUAAGGGAAAUGUUGCAAUUAAAAACGAAUUGGUGAAAUAUUUUUUAACGAAAAUUGGCUUCUUUUUCUAGAAGUGCUAAAUAAAAGUGAAAUUUCUAUAGAUACAAGAACAAGUAAUGAUAUUAAAAAUUGAAAAUACAUUACCCUUUCAUAAUCUUAUAGCAACCUCAAAAAAAAAUCUCUUCACCCUAGUUCCACUAAUUUUGUUUCUCUUUCUUUCUCACACUUUUCUUUGAAAGGAUAGCUUACUCUCAAUUCUAAUGCAACGUCAAUUUCUUUCUCUUUGUGAAUUUGUUAUGUGGCUAUGGCCUAUGUGUUCAGCUUAUUGGUUUGCUAAACUAUACUACUUGCUUGUGAUAUGUUUCUUUCUAAAAGUUCAUGUUGGUUGUUCUUGUUGGCGUUGAUUGUUUAUCUGUUGUCAUUAGAGAGGAGCUCUACGUGUUAGGUAGCGCUGCUCGUUUUCUAGAAGUACAUAUUCCUCCGGCCUGUAAGCAAGCAGUAGCAUUGAUCUAUGGUUAUCUGAACCAGUAAUGAAAACUACUGGUUCUCCUUACCGGUAGUUGUAAUGCUUUGGCAGUUUAAACUGCUAGUUUUCCUUAAAAAUGUCUUGUAAGAAUAAUUAGCAUGAAAGAAUUCAUAAUCAUAUCUAUAUACUUUUCCUGUCCAUUCAUCAAACUCAACUUACCAGUCCAACUUCUACGUUGAAACUAGAGAUGUUCAGAGAUCAAAAAAGGUUUUGAAAAAACUUUAAGUUAAUGUGGCCAUGUAGGGGGAAGAGGUGGGAGAAGGAAGGGAAACUAAAACAAGGGCUACUGGAGAAAGUAUUAUUAUAAUAAUCAUUAAACUAUCCUGUGUGUAGAGAAACUUGAAAAUGUAUAUAGGACCACUUUUUCUUCUCAUGCUAGAAAGAGUUUAAAACCAAAGAUCAUUCAUUAUGUUUCAGUUUUACCCUGUUGUGUUUUGAUAUCUUUAGUUGCUCUUUCUAAUUUUUUUAUCUCUUCUUGUGGUCCCAGAUAUGUUUGGAUUCUUUCUUAAAGGAACAUUCGGAAUGUCAUAACUCAUAAAUUAAUUAUAGGCCUUUCAAAUCUAGGUUAUUCUCUGUAAGUAGUAGACUAGGGUAGCUGUGCAUCUAAUGUAUUUGGACGCGUUAAUAAGUAAUUUAUUGGCUAGAAACAAGUCCAAAACAAGCAUGAUUAUAUAUGAGAAACACUAUGUUAAUGCACCAACUCUGGGCUUCUUUUGUAUGUUGUUGCUACUAGUAGUGAAAUGCUAUAUGUGAGAUUACAUGUUCUUGGUAGUCCGAAUCUCCUCUCCAUACCCAACCUAGAGAAAUAGUGUACACAAAAGAAUAGAGGAACCUAAGUGAUUCUUGAACAAUAGUAACAACAAGAGAGCCAUAAUCUCAAUAUACUAAGUUUUGCGCCGUCACCUUCCGUAAUCCUCUUCCUUUAUCUAGUAGAAGUUUAAGUGAUUCUAUUGUUACAUUUUUGCCUUUGAUCUUCCCAAUCAAGUAGAGUUUAUGGUUUCUAAUUCAUGGCUUCAAUCAAGUGGAGUUCUUGUCUAUGUUCUGUGUUUCAAGUCCCCACCUUAACUUGAAAAGCGAAAAGAAGGAAAAAGAUAUUAUUGUCUGUGAUCUUACUCUCAGUCUGUGCGCUGAGAUGCUCUUUCUUAUAGUUUUUUGUCUCUCUGUCUCAGUGAUGUCUACCUAUUAAUAUUUUGUUAUUGCAGUUCUCCUCACCUACCAUUUUGUGCCCUUUGCUGGAAAAGACAACAUUCUCAAUCUAACCCCAUUUUUCAUUUCUUAGAAUAAUCAUUUCAGGAACACAUCUAGAUGCCAAUUCCAUCCUGCAGCUAAUUGCAUUACUAAUCACAUCUUUAAUUAAUAAUACUUCGUUAUUAAACAAAGGUUAUGCUGCUUUUUGCCUUACUUCAUGUGAGCCAUUCAAUUAGCUUGGCUGGCCACAUGCUCUCUCUAUCACCCAACUAAUCACUCUAAUUAUAUGAAAAUAUUUCCUGAUUUUCUUUGCUCUGAUGUACCACAUAUUUAAAAGAGCAAAGAAAUGAUGAUGUGAGAUUUCAUCACCCUUGUCAUCCCCACUUCUAAAGUAUCUAAAAUACAAAAAGUAAAGUUCGGCAUACCUAGUAGUUCCACUUCUUUGAUGGUGAACUCCAAGCAGAAAAGAUAAAAAGGCAUGUCAUUUGGGAAAAGUAGAUAGUAGAAAAUCACUGCUACUUUUUUUUUUUUGCUUUCCUCUUAGCACCAAUGCCUUGAUUUUGGUUUCCCCUAUAAUGUUUGCAUUCUCUAAUAUGACUUGCAAUGUAACUUUCAAGUCCCUGUUUGUCUGGUGAAUAUGUUUAUGCUAUUUAGGACUCGUCUUCACCCUUCUUAGAUAAGUUUUCUAAUGCUUUUGAUAAGCAUUGUUUAGUCUAAUGAGAAUGCAAACUUUACUCUUUCAGUAGAAAAACCAACUUCAGCAAUUCAAAUUCUGUAGUGUUAAGAUACUUAAGGACCUAGAUUAUUGUAUGUAGUUUUGUAUGCUAAUCAAAACUCGUUUUCCUUUUCCUAAACGAAGUUCCUAUUUUGGCCGAUACCAUUAUUUUCUAUGUAAUGAUAAUGCAAACAAUAUAAAGAUUUAGUGCAUGUUUAAUUCGUAUCAUGGAAUGGGAAGGGAAUAAAAUCAAAUUGAGUGGAGGAAUACUGGAUGCUUGUUUCACUAUGGAAAUACUCAUAACUAGCUAUGGGAUCACUUAAGGAUGUAAUGAGUUACGUUAGGGUUUAGGAAUGUAAUAACUAGGUGGAAAUACAUGAAAUGGAAACCAUUACCCUACCCUCAUGUACAGACUACUUGAACAUCAUUUAAUUGUAAUAAAUUCGUAGCAUCUUGGUAAAACAGAGACCUAUUCUAUUACUUUACUUUAAAAACAUAUCUAGUGGCAAAGGAUGUGUGCAUAUAUAAGGACAUCUGCCCUACAGUAAUUCCCUUGCUGUUCUGUAGUCAUGAGACUCUGCAAUGACAUUUUAGAAUAUUGGGUUUUUAAGUUUUUAUUGAACUUUUUUGGUGCUAGUUUUUAUUUUUUUUUGGUUUUUACAUGAGACUUGACUCUUGAAUAGUUUGGUUCAUAUUCAGAGCCACUCAUUCUCCAAAUAAGCUGAAAUCUUGUCAUGUUAGUAUUUUGUAGUAUACAGGAAAGACAGCUUUUCUAUUGUAUACUCCUUGCUGAUUUAAUUUGAUGCUACUCUGGUAAACUUAGUACUGAAGUUUUUGACUUUACUUCCUUUUUCUGAGAAUUAAUAAUGGCCUUUUACUUGGAUGAACUUGGGUAGGCUGUAAGGAGAUUUAAAUUGUCUUGCUUAGUGAGUUAAUUUGAAAUAUUGUAGAUAAAUUUUGACUCAGUGACUGGGAAAGAAGGAUUAAUAAUUAUCUUUAGGAAAUUAAACACAACUAUGACCUGCGGGCUUGUUAGUGAUGUAGUUACCGUCUACUGCUUAGACUCGGAUACUCUUGUCACACGUAAAUGCAUCUUUAAGUUUACGACUUAGCUAUUUUAUGGAACUAAAUUCAUAAUUUUUACCCAAAUUGAAGUAUUAAAGUGUAUACCUAUGUUGUAAUGUCGAGGAUCCGAUAUAUAAUUUUGAGGUAAAAUAAGGAGUGCAUAUAACAUAGUUUACCAUCCAAAAAUCGACACCUAAUGGUAUAUGCCUGAUUAAGAGGGCGGCUAUAUAUUUUGAUGUAGUUGUUUUUUCAAUUUCGGUGCAUUAUUCUGUGGACACUUUGAGCUGUGAUCAUUGACUUCCUUACAUGGUACAAAAUAGAAAAGAUAAACAAGAAAGCGAGCUUCAUAAUUGCUUACGGAACUAUUUUUCGUAUAAAACUAGAUUGUGACUAAUUAGGAUUCUUUUGUCUGAUAGCAGUGUGUGUAUUUUCUGUAGAAGGAAAUGAUAGAAUUCAUGACCAAGUGGGUCUGGUGGGUGAUUGAGAUCUCUACACUAAUUAUUAUGUUUCGUUGGUUUUCUCUAUUUGAAAUGGAGGUACAGUAGUUACUGGCAUCUUGUAGGAAAUGAAACCUUGAAUUUUCUCUUCAUUCAUCAAAUUUGUACUAUUUUUUCUUUUUUCUGCUUUUUCCUAUGAAAAACUGACACAGGAUCAAGUUGGACACCAUAUAUGAUUUACCCUUUUCUUGGCUUUUUCUUCACAUGAACAUUAUGGAAAGUUUUUACUAUCCCUUUUCUUUUGCUUCCCUCCAAGGCUCUUUCACUUGGUCCAUCUAGACAUGUUUGAUAGGUGCUUUUACAGUUUUACUCCUAAACAUGGGAAAUUCGCUUUCAUUUUCUUGCUAAUACAUUCUUACAUUUUUGUAUGCUGUGUGUUUUUCAAGUUAGUUUUUUUCCUAUAGCAUUGAAUAGGUACAACUAUCAAGGGUGCUUACUCUUCACGGAAACUCCUCGUAGUAAACUUAUUAGACCUAGUUGCUCCUAUGAAGUAUGGAUCCUUUGUUGGCACAGUCUUAUCGUACAUUACUCGGAUUCUUCAUUACACAUAAUGACAUAAGUACUCGUGAUAACUCCUCGACACUCAAACGUGGGAAUAGAUACUUGACACUUUAUUGUAGACCAAAUCAUAAAAGUUUCCAUUAAAUGGUGAGUGUGAGUCUUGUAGACAUACCUGAAUAUGACAAGUACCCAAGUCUAAAUAACAUAAGUUUUAUAUUAAAUGACCUCAUGAGUUAUGUCAAUUAAUUGGAAAGAGCAGUAAAAGACUAUGUUUAUAAGACCUCAAUGAAAAAGACACAGUUCUCUGUUCCUAGGGGGUAUAAUAUAUCAUUAUACUUGUACUUACAUUAUUUUGUCAAUAGUUUAACAAGAUAGGACCCUUCUUAAGCUAGGAACUGGAAUUAUGGAAUCUUGGGUUUGCAGUGUUUGCUCUCAGAAUAUGGUUCCCCUUGCACGUGGGAUCUUUCAUGGUUUCAUUCUCUUCCCACCACCCUUGAAAGUUAUCUUGGAACCUUUUGUUUUAAAUUUAAUCAGAUCUUUGAUUGCCCCUUUUAAUCUGAUCUUCACUUCCUUCGAUGUGGUAGCUUUUUACUAAAAUUGCUUUCUAAUUAAUAAUAUACUUACGUAUGAAUGUGUUCUUUUAACUUUUCUAUGUAAUUGGUGAAAUAAAGUUUCACCUUUACUUUUUUUUGUUGCCCUUUUUUGUGCCUGGCUUGAUUUCUGUAGGACAUUCUAGCAAUCAGGCUGGUCAGUAAAAUUUGUAACUUUGAUCGUGUCUUCCUUGAUUCAUGCUGAAGAAUAGAAGUAAAAGGAAUCCUAUGCUAAGUUGCUAAGAUUUAGGGAUGGCAUCAGUUUCAUGUAUGGAUCUAGAGGAUCCCAUCUAUCAGUUACAUGUUGGGAUCUAUCAUGUAAUAAUUGACGAAACUGUCAAUACCUCUAAAUUACUGAAUGGUAUUAUUAACUCGUCAAUUGUUACUAUAAACCCUUUCAAUGCUACUACGAGACCUACAAAAUGGUACUAAUAUAUGUACCAAUGAGACCCUUCUAGAGUACCAUGGGAGGAAUAUCAGUACCAAUAUUAAGCCGUCUAUGGAUCCAAUGGUUUGUCUCAACUUUUAGCGAAUUCAGUGUUACCUAUUUCACAGUGUGAGAAGGGUACAAAUUGUAAUUCGCUAUCUAAUCUUGCUAAAUUAGCCUCAGUGUACUACACUUGCAUGUAGUGAUUUGCCUUAUUCAUAUUGCAUUGGAUAUCACUGAUGUCUGAUAUGAUUUGAGGAGUAACAAAACUUAGAGUAUAGUUCUCUUCCCAUCCCCUAACUCAUUAUUAUGCCAGUUUAUGGUGCUGUCAUUCUGUUACUUCUCUUGGCAAUAUUAAGGAUCUAAUUUGAUGUAGGACAAAAUUUUGUUAACAUGACGAACUCGAAGAUUUCCUGGCAUAAUUUCUAGUUUUUGCCUUAUAGAACCAUAUUGUAAGCUUUUAUGAUCAUUUAGAACUAGCUGAGAUUGGAAGAUUGAUGUGACGAGAUUGGAGUUUCUUAAGAAGGCGCGGUUAUGAAAGGGGAUUGGUUUAAGCUCUUGUAAUCUUUCUUGACAGUCUAAAUUAGCUUUUCAGCCACUGCGUUUGACUUCCGUAUCCUGGGGGGUGCUAGAAUUCCUAAGAACACAGUAGAAAUUCAGUGAUUGUGUCUUUAAGUAGCAGGAAAGGAGGAGGAAAGCAGGAAAGACACCUGUUUUAUCAUAGAUGACAAAAGGGGGAGGAAGGGAACUGUGGAGAAAAUAAAGACUACAAUAUGCUGCAAUCACUAUCAUGGUGGUGUCUUUAUAUUUUUUGUCUUAUUUGGUAAAUGUUUCUAGGUUUUAGUUGAGGUCAUGCUUCUACUAAUGGUGGAGUCGUGUAGAUCUGGACCUCCCCACACCCCCAUCCAACGGCGGGUUCAGUGCUAGGUGGCUGUUGUUGCUGUUGGUAAUAGAAUAUAACACCAAACUGUUCGGCAUCGAACAACUAAUUGCAAGGACAUUAAAACCCUUCCUUUUUUUUUUACUAUUUCCUCCGGUUUUUUUUAACUUGCAACACUUUUUUUUUUUUUAUGAACUUUAAUGCAAAAUUUAGGUAGGAGAGAGGUAGAGAGGGAAAAAAGAGAGGUCCCAUAUGAUUGGGAGAGAUAGAGAGAAAGGAAAAACAAAAGUAAAAUGUAUUGCAAGCAAUUAAUUAUUUCCCUUUUAGAAAAGUGUUAGCAAGUAAAAAAAACGGAGGAAGUAUAACUUUUGAGCGUAGGGGUACGCAACUUUUCACAUUCUUGUUCGCCAUCUAACGGUUUAGUGUUUAGCUAUACUCUUGUUGAGGUUAUGUAUAGUCAAUAUGCAUGGAGUAUUUGUAGGUUGGACUUGAAUUAGACUUCUAUCACUGUGUCUUCUGUGCAGAAAUAUCUGAAACUAGAUUUACAUUUCUGUCAUGCAAGGGAGGAUGAAUUGGAGUAACUUUUCUUUAUCUAGGCUUUGAAAGAUUCUUUUUUUCUUGUAGUUGGAAGUUUGGAGUCAAAUCGAACACUCCAUCCCAGUCCGAUACCUGAGUAUUGCAUGAGCAUUGAGCAGUCUUGUGAGACCAUAGAUAGCAGUACAAGACUAGCUUCACACUUUCAUGAUCUGUUGAUCGAAUUAUGUCGUGUAUCUCUGUGGUUUGACCAUACCCAAAUCAUUCAUUUGGUAGCUAAUUGUUCUUUCUUGGAGAAAUUACUUCACUUUAUACAAUUUUCACUUAUUACAAGGAUCUGUUACAAGGGUAGAUUUUAACUUUUGAGAUCAAUGGACACCUUGGGUUUUGUCUGAUUUUUCAUCUAAUUUUCUACUAUUAGGUGCCGGAUUAUGUUCAGUGCAGAAUGCAGAUAUCUUUGAAAUCAAUGAUACCUAAUUCAUGGUACAAAAUUGUUACGGUAACGCAAUACGUUACCUAAUUUUUUUAAAUAUCCUUUGAUCGAUUUGGCAAAUUAGGUAACAUUGGAUCAAUUAGUGGGUGCAUACGUUCUUGAGAAUACUAGCAUAGCUUUUGAGGUAAGAGCAUAGCAUACUGUUUGUUAGUCAUAGGAAUCAAAGGUUCACAAGUUUUUGUUUUGUGUAGGAUUUUUAUUUAGAUAGCUCCUAGAGUGGUUAGCCAUGAUUCAAGUACUUUUAGACUUUGGUGGACAAACAAGGAAAAAUGAUGCUGUCAAACCAAAAUGAGUAAAUGACAUUGGUAAAAUAGGGAAAACUUUUGAUAGGCAAUUUUCACCUGAGUUUUGCUGGGAAAUGAGUAAAUCAGAAAAUGACAAAGUGGAACCACAUUAAACCUAAAUUAAAGAUCUUGAAGAUAUAACAUGCAAGCUUAUACAUAACAUAGCUACAAUGAGGACCCUUGAAUAACCAAACUUGCAUAAAUUAAUCCCAUUUACAGAAAGAUCAUACCAUAAAUCCAUAAUAACCAUAUACCCCCCUUGUAGUAACAAGCUACUUAUUUGAUUAUUAACCCUCCCCAGAAAAACCCCAAAAGGAAAAUUAGAAGGAUUAAUAGUGAAAAAUACCUCCCUAUUUUCUCUCUCCUAAGAGUUAAGUAGCAUGUCCACUAAUACUGGAACAUGUUAGCUGAAGCCAUGAUAGGCUGGUUUACAUAGGUAGCAGAAUCCCAUGGAUUAAUCAUGAAGCUAUCACUUGUAAAAGGCUCUGGAAUGAUAGGAAAUAGGCCUUCUCCUUGAUCAUCACCCCCAUAAACUCCCAUAGUUUGAUUGUUAGUGCAGGAAUUUAGUGCAUUGAUGAUCUCAUUGAGUGACUGCAACCUGCUGCUGAGCUCUGACAUUUGUGCUCUGAGUACUGAGUUUUCUGCUUCAAUUUUCACAUACUGCUGUGAGGUGAUGUUUAUGCUGUUCAACAGCUGAUGAUUUGUUUUCCUCACAUUGGAAACUUGAACCAUUAGAUCAUCCAAAUGCUUCUGCUUCCUCAUCCUUGACCUCCUUGCCGAUUCGCGGUUCGACAGCAUCCGCUUCCGCUUCCUUUCAUCCAUAAUCUGCAUCUGCAUCUCCUCCUCCGAACUCGAGUUCUGUUGUAGAGAUGAUGUCCCAGAAGAUGUAACUCCCCCAGGUGAAGCCAUUUUUACGUGAGUGAAAAUUUUUAGUUUGCUGUAGCCUAGCAGUACCACAGAUACCCAGAAACCUAGCCAAUCACUUACCUUACUCUGAAGAUGAAAAACCAGGGAUUUUUAUUUGCGACUAUAUUGGUAUAUAUUUAUAUAUAUAUAUUCUGUUUUGAGUAUAUAGAUUAUAGUAGUAGUAGCUAAUUCUAGUUAGAUGGAUGAGAAAUAUGUAGAACUAUGAGAUGAAGUAGAACCAGUAGAGAAAUACAACUGAGAAAGAUUGAACAAGAUGAGUCCUGCGCCUAUAUGUGGAAUUUAUCAUCAACCCAGAAACAUAGAGUUCACUGAGAAUUGGAGACAUGAAUCUCAAACAUCAAAACCCACAAAUUAAGCAUCAAGGUUUUUUUUGUGAAAGAUAACAACUAAAACCAACCUCUUAAUCUAGUUUAUGUCCCAAAAAAGGGAUGAACUACUAGAAAGAAACACACAAGAUUGAAGAAACAAGGAGAGCAGAAUUAGGACAGAGAAGAGAGGAAGAAGAAGAGAAGGGGG